AUGGCGCAGCUGGAACGAGAGCUCGGCAAUCAACCGGCCGAGAGCACGGCAGAUGCGGUUCAGAUUCCAGAGCCUCGUCACGUCAAGUACGCCACCGUUAUGGCCAAGAACUUACGACGCGGCAGCCACCGUCCCACGCCCCGCCGAAGCGUCGACAAAGCCCGAAUGACACCAGACGAGCGCCGAGAGCUGAUGCGCGCACAGCGGGAGGUAAUGUGGAACCUGCAGAAGGACUCCAUCGUGACAGUCGUUAGCCCCGGCGACGACCCCGUUCCUUACAAGAGGCAGGGGAAUCCCGACGUCAACACGCCGCUGUCCGUGAAGCGAAGGCAGGCUUUGAGGAAGAAGCCCCUCAUCCAGGAAAUUAGCAAUGAGUACUGGUGCUUUCCAGGGCUGAACCCGGAGGGAUCCUACGAGAUGACGAAGGAGUCCUACCUCAAGCUCAACCGAAAGCUUCACCUGGCUCUGAUUCCCGACACCACGGAUGCGGAAGCCCGACAUUCGGCCGAGGUAGACUGGCUGAGGGACACAGCGAGGUGGGGUGGUCGAAUGACCAGGCAGGCGUUCGGCUCGAGCAUGUUCGAGCUGGCCGACAUCUGGACGGAAAACAUCGAUGAAGAGGAGUACACUGCCUUCCUGUGGUUGCUGCUCGAGACCAUCACCAACACCAAUGUCGUGCCGCCGAGCUUCAAGCCGGACCGGGAGAUCGAGUGCAUUGUAGACAAGGAUCUGUCUGAGGCUACCAAGCGGAUCCGUGACUCGUUCGCCCGUGGAGAAGGACGGGAACGGCUCUCUGUCCCGCUCGACACGGACGCGAUCUUGGCCGUACUAGCCGACAGCCGUAACGCUCGAGGAAACAGCCUGUCGCCCAAGCUGAAGGACAAGCACAUCAAGCGCUUGAGAGCUCUGCGACAGCGGCUGCAAGCCCUCAAGCAGCUCCGAACCUGGCCAGCCCCGGGAAGAACGGGCGACGACGACGACGAAAAGCGUGGCGGUGGAAGCGUUAGUGGCAGCGGUACGGGGGACGCGGAGGACGUGCAGGGCGAGGGGGGCAUUGACAACACGGGAAAUGUUUCGAGCGAGGGGGGAGAGGACGCGUACAAACAGAAGGCUUCGAUCAACGGGGCUACCGAACGUAACGACGAGUUUCUCGCUCCUCGUCAAGAACCAAGGAAGGACGCUGCUGACGGCAGAUUUGCUACUACGGACGGUGAAGAGGAGGAGCAUGCGGUUGCCGUUGGGGAGGGCUCGUUAUCCCACGCUGGGGUGUCCGUGGGAAACGAGAUGCGAGUUGGCGAGUCAAGUGUUUCUGUUGAGAAAGGCGGGAGUCUCGAGACAGGUGUUGACACUGUGCAAAGCGUGGGUCGGGCUCGAGACCCAGCGCUGAUCAACGCGGAGGACAGUGGGGAAGCACGCCCAAAAAGCAAGACCAACCACGUCAAUAGCAGCACGAAAAAUCGCAACAACCAACAGGACAGCCUCGACGACUUUGGCGACCGUCCGAUCGGCGAUGACACGAAAUACAACCACCUUCCGGACCUUGAUGCACGUUCUUCGGGCACUCCAGAAACCACUGGUCGCCUUCGUCACGGAGAGGGGGCUUCAGUACCAUCAUCGUCGAAAGCAGCAUCAGGUUCCAUCGAAGAAAAUUCGUCAGAUUUAAGCGAAAAUGUUCUUCCGACGAAAGAAGGUGGCAGUCGCGCACUUGGAGAGGAAUCGGUCACCAGAAACGCACGAAGCAAGCCCGAGGAGACAAGAAGUCCCGGAGUAACAAGGCGAGAAAGAAGGGAAGAUCCAGACCGCUUUGAAAACACCAGUUUGGUCGAAGACCAGCUUCUAGUAGGUGGGAGCAACAAGAACAUGUCAAAUACUGAUACUCUUGGAGUUGUUCGUGGGGGUAUCCAUGGUUUGAACGGCCCCAGCAGAAGUCACGGUGAAGGUGGGAGCGACCGGCAUGCUACUGAGUACGCCAGCAACGACGACGGAGCAGUAGCAGCAGCAGGAGGAGGCGAUCUUGGAAACGACGGUUCUCUGACAAGUGGUGACAGGCGCGAAGGUGCCGACCGUGCUGGAGAUAAGAACUAUGUUGCUGCAAGUAGUGCCGACAAGCGUGGCGUCGGCGGUCACAACAACCCAACAUUCGGUAAGGAUGCUUCCGUUGGCGGCAGCUCCGAAGCAUUGGUCGAUGGCUGCUCCAAAAGAGCUGCUGGAAUAGUAGGAGGCGCGGGGCAAUCAACUGACAAGUUACUUCCUGCUGGUAGAUCCGAUGGCGUCGUUGGUGAGGCGGUUCGUGAAGGGGGCACUGCGACCGAUGCCACACAAGGCAGCGAAUCUAUCGGAAAUCGUAAGCGCGAGAGAACCGCCGCAGGUGCCGUGCAGAAACAACGGGACGAAGAUAACGAUGGUGACGGUGCCAACGGCGAGGUGCCUACGAACCGCGGGAACAGCAGCAACAACAGCAAUACCAAGGGCGCUAGGCAUGCUGAAACCGACGGAGUUUCCACUCACCAUCCAGCGCGCCUCAACAGCGGCGGUGGAGAGGACGCGUUGCCCAACGGUGAAAUACUCGACACCGGCCAAAACAGUAUUCCCGGUAGCCGGAUUGGACUGGGCAGGAACGGCGAUGGAACGGUCGCCGACUGUGACGGGCGUGAAACGGCCGAAGAUAUUGAAUAUGCACACGCUCAUGGAAACCUCGACUCAGACGGGCCGGUUGGACCCGAGAAUGACCGUCAAUCGCCCUCCGCCGGCCACGACCGUGAAGCUUUCCGUACCGGGGGCAACAAACGAGGGGGAACUACACCUGCAGCGGCCGCAUCGCUCGCGACCAACCACGGCGAAGGCGACCAUGCCACCGACGGCGUCCUCAGCCACGAGGGGGGAGGGGACGAGGAAAGCGUGCACGUUCCUCACGGGGGAGGGAUGAGCCGGUGGUCGUUACGUACACCCAGCAGCCAAUCCGGUGUUGUUCCGUGCGCGAAGCGUGAGGAAGGCUCAUUCGAUGGAGACUUCAACAGCACGACCAGCAUGAGCAGCGGCGAGGAGUGGAGGCUGUCGUCGUCGCAGACUGAGGAUGGAGGAGAGAUAGGCGCAGGAGGGGUCGAGGAGCAGGUGGGUCGUGGGGGAUCAAGAGGCGCUCGCGGUGGUGGGCAGGGACGACGCGUUAGGGCCUCUGGUGACGCGGAUACGGGAAGAAAAUAUGAUGCCUUAUCCUCGGCCGACAACAAAGGCCACCCUUCUAGGCGCCAGAGUUCUCGGGGAUCGUUCGGGGCAAAAGUCAGCGCCAAGAACCACGGCAAUACGUCUACGCUGUCGAAAGGACCGCGCGGCGGUAAGCCGCUGGCAUCCAACUUCCGCCCGGGAGGAGGCGGUGGCGGUGGCUGGGACGGGAUCUCGGGGACUACGGACGCGGAGUGGGAACAAAUGAUUCAGCAAGCCAAGACAGAGCGAAAGCGGCGGGCAUCCACAACGAGGCCUGUAUCGAAGCAAAGUUCGGCAGCGAGAAGAAAACGUCCAUCCGGGCAAGUAAAGGGUAGAAAGGGUUCCACGGGAACUACAAAAGCAGCGCCUGCAGCACAAGGAGCUCCUUCGGAGGAGGAGACCUAUGGGCGGGUGGCACCCGUGAAACCACGCGCUGGUGAUAUCAGGUCACGGGAUGGGGGGGGAGGGGACGGCCAGCACGAUCCCACGCUGCCCCGUCUGUCCCUUGUCGAGCAUGCAUCUAAGGGUGGUUCGGGUCCCUCGAAGGAGACAAAACAGACAGCAGCGGCGGCGGCGGGCGAAGGGGGGAUUGGGGAGAAGUCUGUGGCCCCGUUUUCUUCACCGACUCCGAACGAAGCGGAGUCUCAUCAGACAGGGGAAGACGGUGCCUCGCGGGGAAAGGGCUUGGAACCUGACUCGGUGGUCACGCGUGGUCAACGUCACCAUGCGGAGGUACCGAGAGUUGGUAUUGGGGGCGACAAAAGUGGCCGGGACUCCGAUGGAGAAACGGAGCUCAGAGAAUUCACCGCCCCUGAGAUGUUGAAGGGAGGUGACGUCGCUACAAAGGCUGCCGGUGCGAAGGGAACGAGGACCUCAGUGGGGCCACAAGAAGAAGAUGGUCGAAGGAACGGGAAGGAACACUUGAUACCACAAGACAUGCUCGCGCAACUUCAACCGGUGCUAGAGAAGCACAACAUGACCGUCGUUGACGUUUUUGACGGAAGCUCGCCGGCGUUAGACCCCCAGGGAUCCUUUUCGCUCGACGCUCAAGGUCCGCCAGUGAAAAACGUUGUCGUCGGUGGCAGCGACAUGCUCACACAACGCGCCCCAGUGGCUGAAACAGGCUCUACCUCUCCUGAUGGUUCUCCAGGUGGAGAUGACCUCGAUGCCUCGGGAGGGGUGGGGCCGAGAGUCACUGACGCCGAAACUGCCGUAGCUAAUGCACGCCAUAUGACCAUUCAAGAAGAGACCGGAUGGGCGCAAUCGGGAGAGGAAACUCGCGCUGCUAGGGACGGCGGUGCCGGGUAUGCGCCCACGGGCGAAACCGGGGAAGCCCAACAGCUCCUCACCGGGGGGAUGGUAGCCCACGCAGACGACCAACGCCGUACGCUAGAGCCUUCUUCUCAGGAGAACGGAGGGGGUGAAUUGGCCGACGCCGCAAGACGUCUAGGCACAGCUGUUUCCCGCCGAGAUGCCGAGCGCAAGGACGACGUGGAAGCUGAGACCAACACCUCACGGCUUCCACGAGGAAGAAGUACGUUCGACAGCAACAGUGGCACGACCUCCCCCGACCUAUUCGACGAUCAAGGGCACGGGUUUCUCCCCACCGGACAGAACAAGCUUAUGGCUCCGCCGAGGCAUAUUGCGGCGGCGGAAUCGGCAACAGAUGUUGGGCAAGGAACUUUAGGGAUGCCCAAGUUCAACUCAAGCAUUGAUGCCACGCGAGAGGGCGAGCCUGCCAAAAGACCGCCUGGCCCCCACCACGACUAUCAAGAGGGUGCGCGGCCACGAACGCGGUCAGGGUCAAGGGCAGGGAGAAUGGGUUGCGAAUCAACCGGUGGCGGCGACGAUAUUGUAAUCAAGGAAGAGGCGGCCGAAGGGGAGAGCUCGACCGGGGAGGUGCCGAUAAACGACCAGAACGAGAUGACUGCAGCCACGACUGACCGUCAUCACGGACCGAACCGCUCGAAUCUGCUCGAGGCGAAAGGGGUUAGCGGUUCGUUACACAGGAGAGGCGAGCAUCCAACGUUGGGUGAGCCGAAGAAUGGUCGUGAUGCGGUCCAACGCAAUGACGCAGGCCAAAACAACAGCGUUGUUGGACCUCUGCUGGCUCAGGGGGGCGCUAGCGGUAGCAACUUGGGCAUGGAAGAGGGCCGUAGCCACGAUUGUACUCCUCGACCGUCCUCUGAGGAACCACUUGACGCCCCUGAGGGUCGUAUGGCCUCUUCCACUACCGACUCCUUUGCCGGGGCCGACGACAGCGAGAAAAACGCACUCGCCACGGGUUCGUGGAAAGGUGACAGCACCACGCUCGACAGGGCAGGGCAACCAAGAGGAGGAGACAAGGACCCGCACCCGCCAAGAUUGGUUCCGAAUUACCUCGUAUCUCCCGACCGCCACCCGACACAAGCCGACGGACCAGGUACGGGCGACGUGAACAACCGCUCGGUAUCGGGUGGGGUUUCUGCUGCGGUACAGCAACACGUGGCAGCUCCUCCCAAAAGUCGAUCGACCAUGGAUCGGGGUGAAGUCCUCAGUUCCAUUUCUGUCGCCGGCACGAAGAUGCUGAUGGAUGCGGAAGCGGGCGGGAGACACCGACAGGGUAUGUUAGGCGCCGGGCCUGGGAGAAAGAGUUCCUACGCGGGGGGAACAGAAAGACCUGAAAUCUUGCGGCGCUUGUCGUCAACCGGCGUGUGGAGGUGCGAUGAUUCCGUGAAUCAAUCGGAAAAGGACGCACCAACAGCGAAGGCAUCGACCAAUCCCUCGUCCCGAAACUUGGAGGUCGGCGACGAUGUACUCGCUACAGUGGAUGGUCGGGCAGCCGCCCUGGUAGCGCAGCCUGCCGGAGAGCCCAGAAGAGCCAGUCGACGGCUUCAACGACAAAACAGCACCCAAAGGACCACAGAAGCCGUUGGAUCAUUCGACCAGAGGGCACGCAGCCCGUCCAAUGCUUCAGUUGUCCGGAAUUCCCACGCCACAUCAUAUCCCGGAGAACUAAUGGUAGACGAUCGCGACGGGAUCGUUGGCCGCGCCGCCGCGUACAACGCAAACGCCGCAGGCAACAACAAAGCUCCUUCGGGGGAGACUGGCGUGCUGGGGGGCGGGGAAAUUGCGGAGACGAGAAAGGAGCGCGCGGAAGGCGGGGGAGUGACAUUGACGAAAAAUCGCCGUUCUUCGGCAGAGAACGUCAAUAAGGGAGCAACAACGAACACUUCUCCCGACGGGGCCCCCCGCAUGGGAAGUGAAGACGCUAUGGCCCUUGAGCCACAGCGAGGUGCUCAUGGGAAAGCAAUGGCGGCCGUAGGGCGUGUACGAUCGUCGACCAAACUCGAUCCUGAUUUCGAAACACUGGCAAACGUGCCCCUGACUAGUGUUCAGUGCGCCGGCGCUGACACCGAGGACCCGGAGCCAACGCGCAGGAGAACGGGAAACGGAGAAGCUCGAGGAAGCUCUUGCCGAGGUACGAAGCGCAACGAAAAGUGA